CCAAAAGCAUGGACAUCUUUUCCUCAUCAGGGUCUAAGAGGACAAAGAGGGCCUGCAGGUCCAGCAGGUAUUUCAGGACCUAAAGGGGACGCUGGCGAACCAGGUAUACAAGGAAGAACUGGAGAUCUGGGUGAGCAAGGUCCUCAAGGUAUAGCAGGAGCAAAGGGUGAAAAUGGAAGAGAUGGGGCAUCGGGCAAGAGUGGAGUACCAGGAGAAAAAGGAUCAGUUGGAGUCACUGGAGAAACAGGUCCCCAAGGUCAACGAGGAGCUCCUGGAAAUGCUGGUGUUCCAGGUGCUCGAGGAAGUUCAGGUCCUCCUGGUGACAGAGGUCGACCUGGUCGCCCAGGUUUGCGAGGAUCCAAGGGAGAAAAAGGAGGCCAAGGACCUCCAGGUCCAAUUGGGGAACCUGGACCUUCUGGUUCUACCGGCAGACGGGGUCAAACUGGUGCAACGGGCCCCCCUGGUCCAGUUGGUGCACCAGGUGCUCAGGGUCCUCCUGGUCUUCGUGGAUCACCUGGUCCUGAUGGUACUCCUGGUCGAAAGGGAUCAACUGGAGCACCUGGAGAGAAUGGUUUCAAUGGAGCAAAGGGAGAUAAGGGAUCUGCAGGUGAACGUGGUGAACCUGGCCGAGUUGGUGCAAAGGGGCCCACAGGUCAACCAGGGGUACCCGGACGAGAUGGCAAGACUGGUGCACCGGGUGACCCUGGAGCAGAUGGUUCAUCAGGAGCUCCUGGCCAGCAGGGUGCACAAGGGAAUCCUGGACCUAGUGGACUUACUGGACCAAAAGGAUCAAUGGGAGAGCCAGGUGUGGAUGGUGACCCAGGGGCACCAGGUGCUCAAGGAGCAAAGGGUGAAACUGGAGCACCAGGCAGACGUGGGUUGACUGGCAUUCCAGGAAAACAGGGAAGGCAAGGUGAACGCGGAGAAAGAGGACAGACUGGUGCACAAGGGUCCCAGGGAGCCCCUGGUAGUCAGGGACCACCAGGUCUACCUGGAAAGCCUGGAGAGACUGGAGCAUCAGGAGAGAGUGGAGUGGAUGGAACUCCAGGAGCAAGGGGUGAAAGAGGCCCUCAAGGAGAUCGUGGACCUCCAGGUGCUGCUGGUGCUGCUGGAGACCCUGGUGAGCCUGGAACACCUGGUGCUGACGGCAAAGCUGGAGAGAGAGGUCUUCAAGGCCCACCUGGCCCAGCUGGUUCCCCUGGUCUGGCUGGUUUACCAGGACAGCAAGGACGACAAGGGGCCACUGGAGCAAAGGGCUCAAAGGGAGAUGGUGGACCUGUUGGAGAACGAGGGCCUGAUGGGAAAGAUGGAGAGCCGGGACAAGAUGGAAUGUCAGGACCUCCAGGACCUCCGGGCCCACCAGGAGAAAAGGGUGAGGAUGGUGUGAAUGGUCAAGAUGGCACUCCUGGUAGCCGGGGUGACACUGGACCUCAAGGUCCGCCAGGAAAUCCCGGUCCACCAGGGAGACCAGGACAAAUGGGAACUGGGGGACCUCCAGGACCUGUUGGCCCUCGUGGACCACGUGGAGAUACGGGUGUGAAAGGACCUUCUGGACCUCCUGGACGGCCGGGCCCCACUGGAACACUCGGCCAGCUUGGUGCGCCUGGAGCUAAGGGAAGACAAGGAGAUCAGGGACAGCAGGGAAGUCCAGGUACCCAAGGACCUCCAGGAAAACCAGGACAACCAGGCCCUCCUGGACCUCCAGGAAAUACCGGGCCAUCAGGGAGAGAUGGUGCAGAUGGGCAAAAGGGUGCAGCUGGAGAACCAGGCCGAUCUGGUAAAGAUGGCUUGCCUGGGCUUCCUGGUAACAAUGGAAAAGAUGGUGAGCCUGGGCCUCCAGGUUCUGAUGGUGGACCGGGAGAAGUUGGAGAAAGAGGACCCGCUGGACCAAAGGGAGACAGAGGACCAAUGGGACCCCCCGGCACGCCAGGAGUUGGAGGAGGUCCAGGACCACAGGGGCCCAAAGGUGACGCAGGCCCUCCAGGCCGAAAUGGACGCAGCGGUGCACCAGGAGUACCUGGAGGUCGUGGCCCACCGGGAUCAAAGGGUGAACCAGGAAAUCCUGGAGCGGACGGUAGCAAUGGAAGAAAUGGCACGGCAGGUAUAAACGGACGACCAGGUUUGAAGGGAGAGAGAGGUGCCCCAGGAGAACCAGGAAAAGCAGGUAAACCAGGUCCUGCUGGUAUUGAGGGACCUAAGGGGGAUCAGGGACCCCAAGGACCUUCAGGAGAAAAGGGACGUCGGGGAAGAGAUGGUGUUCCUGGUAAACGAGGUGCUCCUGGAGCCCCGGGAAAUCAAGGACCCAAAGGAGAGAAAGGUGAAAUUGGUGUACCUGGCGAGAAAGGCGACAAAGGAUGGACGGGAUUUAAGGGAGAGACUGGACCUAAUGGCCCACAGGGCGACCAAGGAGCACCAGGUGUUGAAGGAUCAGAUGGACCUCCAGGACUGAGGGGAUCGCCAGGAGAAAACGGAAAUCCUGGUCCACCAGGAAGAAACGGAACAAUGGGUGAACCUGGCUUGAAAGGACCUGAUGGCGACGUGGGAGAGACAGGAUCAUCGGGACCUGAAGGAUAUCAAGGACCACCCGGACCUCCAGGACCUCCGGGACCUCCUGGUGAACCAGGUCGUCCAGGAUUACUUGAGUACUUGGCUAUUGCAAACGUUGAAAAAGGUCCAUCAUUCCGAUUAUACUCGAGCAAUGGAAAGGAAAUGCCAACUCGAGAAAUAAAGCCCGUGGAUAUACUCAGAGGGUUAGAUGCAAAAGAAAAAGAAAUUGACCUGAAAAUAAAACCAGACGGUACCAGGAAAUAUCCUGCUAGAACGUGUUACGAUCUGUUCCUUGAUCACAAGAGUUACAAGAGCGGUAUGUUCUGGAUCGAUCCUAACGGUGGAACAAUCAAGGAUGCAAUCUGGGUUUUCUGUGACAAGGGCAAGAAUUCGUCGUGUAUCUACCCCAAGAACUCGAAAAUCUCUGACCUUACAAUCAAAGUACAAUUUCAAGACAAGGAAGACAAAUGGUUGAGCCAAGCGUUUAAGGAAAGCGAAGAGACCGAACUGCUGGAAUACGACGCCCACUACACGCAGCUCAACUUCCUGAAGACCUUUAGCAACUUUGCAAAUCAGAACAUCACCUACGCCUGCCGUAACUCCAUGGCCUGGGAAGACGGAAGAUACUCAAUCAAACUCAAGGGCUCUAACGAAAUGGAAUAUCAUGCCACAUCUAAGACCUCACUCAGACCCAAAGUACUCUCCAACGGUUGCAUGCAAAGUGAUUCUACGGGCAAAUGGGAGAAAACAGUUCUAGAGAUUGAUACUAGAGAGAGGAAUAGACUACCCAUCAUGGACGUUUCAGCCUAUGACAUCGGCGGAAAAGAUCAAGACUUCAAGCUUGAAAUUGGACCAGCCUGUUUCCAUCACACCGUCCUUUCUCGUACGGCUUAGCUUUUGACAACCACCUGUAUAUUGUGUUUUAAUAUAAAGACGUUUGAAGACAAUGGCAGUCGAUGGAACGUAGGAAUUAAACUUGAGUUAGAUGUAGCUGAGAGAACUUAUAUCAGGCCUCGCUAGGCACUGCUUUGCCCAAUCACAAAUAUCCUCCGAAUCUGAAUAAAAUUUUUUCUAUUAUAUUUGUUGUUGGUAUUUACUCAGUCUGUCAUUGCAGUUUAAAAGUUUUAUUGAUGUGUUGGAAAUGAGUUUCGUUGCCAUAUAAAUACACUUAAAGCUCACUCGUAUUUUAUUUUUGUCAUCAACAAAUUUUAUAGUAAGAUAAGUGAAGUUAUGAUGUCUACAGUGGUAGAAUUAGAAGCUAUGAAAGGUGAGCUGUAUUAAUAAGACAAUAAAGCAAAAUUGGUGGCCACACCAAUGAGGAUAACCUUGA